UAAGAAAAAAAAUUCCAUGUGGCCAAGCUUGUAUAAACAUACUCUUCCAACCAAUCGUAUAUCAGGAACCGAACCUUGAUACGAAUCAAAGGAAGCAGAAAAAGGACAUUCCCAAAUUUAUUGGACUUUGUCUCUCUCAUGUUUUUGCUACCCUCUGCGUCUUAGAUCAGUAAGAGAAAAGGAUUAGAUUUUUUAUCAUAAAACUGGGAUUGUUGUUUGUGGUUUUUGAGGAUCGAUGGCUGCACCACCAGCAAGAGCUCGGGCUGAUUAUGAUUACCUCAUUAAGCUUCUUUUGAUUGGUGAUAGUGGUGUGGGGAAGAGUUGUCUGCUUUUACGCUUUUCUGAUGGUUCCUUUACUACUAGUUUCAUAACCACUAUUGGCAUUGAUUUUAAGAUAAGAACCAUCGAGCUUGAUGCUAAGAGGAUCAAAUUACAAAUCUGGGAUACAGCUGGUCAAGAGCGAUUUCGAACUAUUACAACAGCUUACUAUCGUGGAGCGAUGGGGAUUUUGCUGGUUUAUGAUGUGACUGAUGAGUCAUCUUUCAACAAUAUUAGGAACUGGAUUCGCAAUAUUGAACAACAUGCUUCAGACAAUGUCAACAAGAUACUGGUUGGGAACAAGGCUGACAUGGAUGAAAACAAAAGGGCUGUGCCAACCUCCAAGGGUCAAGCUCUUGCUGAUGAGUAUGGUAUCAAGUUCUUUGAAACUAGUGCAAAGACAAAUUUGAAUGUGGAAGAGGUUUUCUUUUCAAUAGCCCGGGACAUUAAGCAAAGGCUUGCUGAAUCUGAUAAUAGGGCUGAGCCCGCGACACUCAAAAUUAACCAGCAAGACCCUGCGGCAAGUGGUGGUCAAGCUGCUCAACAGUCGAGUUGCUGUGGAUCCUAAAGGGAAUAAAACAAGUUUGCAGAGUCGGGAUGGAGGGUUCAGCUUUUGGCAGUCACUCAAGUGUAAAACUAAUUGCAGCAACAUUAUGGUGGCUUCAUGUAUUAAUCUCUGCAAUUCUUUUCCAACUGCCAGGCUUAUCUUGUUAAAAGGCAGUUCAUUUGUGGAAUUUAUAAGCAUGUGUCUUUAAUCUUCUUGAACUCGAAUGAUCCUUGUUUUGUUAUGUAUUUGUCUUGAUGUAGAUAGAUAAUCUAAACUCAAGCUUGGUUUCUCUUAAAAAGGGAGAAAAAUGAAGCCCAUAAGUUCUUAAUUUACUUUUGUA